AUGGAUUUUGACAAAUUUACAUUAUUAUCACAUAUAUUAUUGAGAAAAAUAUUCUACCAUCUAGAGACGAUCGAUCAGAUUAGUUGUAGUUUAGUUUGUAAGAGGUGGUUUAAUGACAGAGAUCAUUUGUACAGAUUCAAAAGAAUACCCUAUAUAGAUGGUUCAAACCUAAAAUCAUAUCAGUUACUUAUAUCGAGAGCAGAAGAUUCAAAAAAUAAUUACGAAUUAGAUAAUGAAUAUGAUGAUAAAUUCGGUAGUGAUUCAUUAUUAAUGGCUAUUAAGAGUAUAAUGACUCUAGAGGAAUUCGGUGAGAUAAAAUACGGUGUAAAGAACAUCGUUCUAUCUGGCUACGAUAGGGAAAUAAAACUUGGUGCCAUACCAGAGAGUUGCACAUCUCUGAAUCUCGGUGGUGGCUUUGUUGCACCGCUUACAGAAGGUGUUCUACCGCAGUCGUUGAAAUCACUCUGUUUGGGUACACAAGAGCCUGGAAAACUUUCCGCAGUCUCAAUACCAACAGCUGGCAUCAGGACUGUUCCCUCGGUUGCAAUCGCUGAGUUUCAAUAG